UUGUUUAUAUUCGGUUUGAAACAUUCAUGUUGAAGGUUGUCGCAUAAGUGACUGAAAGGAUCAAAUAUCAAAGAGAAUGCAUUUGUAAUUACUUGACAAACCGGAAAAGGCGUGUCGGAGGAUGUCGCCGAAACGUACCGCUAUCCGCCAGGGGACGUCCAAGACCGUCACAAUCUACAACAGCGCCGGUAAACGCGAUCGCAAAAUGGCCGGCAACGCUUACGAGCAGACGCGCAAUAGUGCAGAGAAUUGGGAAUUUCAUUUCAAAAUGGCCGAUAUUGAAACUAUUAAGGGGAUCAUCAAAACUAAAAAUAUUAAUGGAGUUCCGUUAAUUAUUGGCGCUGCUGUUCUUAAUCAAAAAGAAACUUUACAGACGUUACUUAAACAUGGAUACAAUAUUAACGAAACAGACAAAAAUAACUUAACACCGUUAGUUUGGGCUGUAAAACUAAAACACCUUGAUAUGAUUCAAUCUUUACUCGAAAAUAAUGCUGAUUCUUCAAUUCGACCACAAAAUGGCGACGAUUUGGCGUGCAUUGCAUUAAGCAGCUCAUUCUGGGACGAACAAUCCUUUUUAACACUCUUUAACUAUCUAAAGAAAUUUAAUUCCGUGGACGUGAAUGCUAUCAACAAAAAUGGCUUGAGUCUUUUACAUCUUGCCGUGCGUCGAGAGUGGAACUCUUUAGUCGAUGUACUCAUUCAAAACGAGAGUAAUGUAAACAUUGCUACGACUAAUGGUGUUACUCCUCUCAUGCUAGCAAGUUAUCGCAAUGAUUUUACAAUCGUCACUCGUCUUUUAAAUCGUGGAGCUGCAGUAAAACGCAGAAAUACUGAUGGUUUUACGGCAUUAUGCUAUGCUUUCUCGUCGGUGAUUACCAAAGAACUACAGCCACCAUUUUUAGUGGUUGAUAAGUUGCAGAUUGAACUGGCCAAGCUAAAAAUUGAUUUAUCAAUAUAUUUAAAGGAAAGAGUAAAAUUAAUGUUGAAUUUUUCUAAAAACCGCCCAAAUGAUCAACCAUCCCCAGAACAAAUGAUGUCACACAUCUGCAUCUUUAUUCUAAAAAACGUCGAAAACGGUUUUGAAUUAAUGGCGGAAGUUCAAAUAGGAAAAGCAAUUAAACAAGCAAUGGAAAAGUUUCUUGAUGACAAAAUUAACCUAAAAUUACCCCUAGUGGUAAUGAAUGUGAUAUUAAAACAUUUGUCUUUCACACAGAACGUGGAAAAUUUAGUAUUGAAAGAAUUCAUAGAUGGCGAAUGUUUUGAUCUUUGUUUAAAGGUUAUGCGUUUAUAUGAAGAAGACGCGAUGUUAUUGCAACUUGCAGUGACGCCUAUAAUAAUCUUCAGCGGAAGUUACGCAGUCGCACAACGUUGGUACGAAGUAAUAAAACGUGACAUUUCACGAUACAUAUCAAAAUAUGAAGAUUGCAUGCAUUUGAUUGAUGGAACACCUGAACAAAUUGCUUUUAUCCGUGAACGUUUAGUUGACUUUAAAUGUAAUAUAUGCAACAUUCAACACACCGAUCUACCCGAGUUGGUAGUCAUAACCUCUGACAAAGAUGUCAAACCUGUUCCUUGUUCGAAGAAAGCCAAACGACGAACAAAAGCUCUCAAAGCUAAACUGUCAAAAAUCAAAACUUCCGAAUUGACUGUGCGGUUCAAUAGUAUUCCUAUUGUUACAAGUCAACAGAGAGUAGUUGAAGUUGAGCGAACCAAUCUUGUGUGUGAUAUGACUUCUGAGGAAGAAAUCCUGUGCGCGAACGCUAUCAAAAUGGCGGUGAGUCUUCUAGAUGAAGACAGUGCAUCCGAAACAUCGGUAGUUUCACCUGCAUCUGGUUCUAGACGUGGUUACAAAGAUCUAUUUAAAACUUCCAUUACACAUACGAAUGACGCGUGUGGUACAAGCAAAAUGGCUGAAAACAAUGAUAACAGGCCUAAAGACACUAAUGAAAACAGUUGGCAGAACAAAAUACGUAACCUACCUUUCCAAAACACAAAAAUAUACAAAUCUCCAAUGAGUCCUAAUGAUUUUAAUCCUCUACAAUGCAACCUACAAAAUGGCGACGUUGAUGCCAUUAUUAAAUAUUUAGAAAACAUAUUAGCGACGAUUCUAGCUCGAUACAAAGCUGCUUGGGAUUUUGAUAUAGGCGCUGAUGUAUCCGAAAAUGAAUAUGAGUGGUUUUUACCAUGUGUUGAAACCGAAAUUGAAGCAAUUCACAGUUUGGAAAAGGAACAACUUAGAUUAGUUUAUCGAGAGUUUCAUACUUUGACGAGAAACGUGAAAGAUUCCUAUGAUAACAAUCCAGAUGCUUGUUUGAAGAUUUUACGUGAUUUAGAAAGGUACCUGUUGACUUAUCCGGUUCGAGGGGUGACGGUGGUUGACAGCGUCGCUCCUCUUGAACUUGUCAAAGUCAAUGUUACAAUGCCAGUGGAUUUCGAGGAGAAAUUAAUACCAUACAUGUCUAGCGUACUGGCUGGUGAAAUCGAAGAAGAUCCUGAGGUACAGAUUAAAUUUAAAGAGCAUUUAACACCAAAUACUGAACUUAAUAGUAUGGGUGACUAUGCGUACCUCAACGAAAUGAAUUCUCAUUUAGUUACGCAUUCACAACCAUCUCAGAGUAUAGCGCAUGCGUCAACGCAUAGCAACAUCCAUGGUUAUACAAAUUCUUCAUCACAAAGAAUGUUAUCAGUAGCAGGAUCAUCUACUUAUAGCCAUUGGGAUACUGACGAUGACGUUGAAUCAUUAACAAACAAUCCAAUCCUUGCGCAAUGUUGUUUUAAAGGUUGUCAUGCUAUUGACUACUCAGAUCAGGAUAAAUCUUCGAAAUGGUGUGCGAUAUUACGUAAUUUAGAGGUGGAGGAAGGACAAGUUUUUCUGAAUGGUAGUAUUCGUCUAUCAAACAUGCAGAAACGUAAAUCGCACUGUCUAUCAUUAAAUGGUAACUUUGUUGGAAUGGAAGUUGGUUUAACGGCUGAUAAUAAACCGAUUGCGGUUAAGAUCAUGUCCAAAAGUGACCCUUGCGCCAUUUUAUUGAAAAGUCAAGUGGACCCAUUACUUAAAUUAAAACAUAAGUAUAUUUUGCCAUAUCAUACAUGCAAGUAUGAUAAUAAUUUAUUGCUACUUGCUACGCCACUGUGUGAAUAUAACCUUGGACAAUACGUGUUGAAAAUGCGGCAACCACAAUCACUUAUUUGUAAGGUUAAUGUCAUUCGCCAAUUGUUACACGGAUUGAUGUAUUUACAUAAUCAAGAAGAACCUAUUGUGCAUGGAAAUUUAAAACCAAGUAACAUUUUGAUUGAUAUUAAUGGCACAGUAAAAGUUGCCGAAUUUGGUAUUUACAAGGCAAAGUUAAAAGUUAAAAAUUUACCAGAAUCCACAAUUAUCUGGUUUGCUACUGAAUUAUACAGUAUGUAUAAAAGUGGUUCACCAUUAACCUGCACCUGCGCGUCGGACAUUCAAGUAGCUGGUAUGUUAGUACAUUUUACCAACAAUGGUGGCGCUCAUCCAUUCGGUAGAACAGUGCCGGAUAUCCUCGCACAUUUACUUGAUGGCACCGUGGAGAUGAUUAACAAUGAUAUGGAACUCUACGAUAUGUUGUCGUGGAUGUUAAUGAAUGAUCCAGCUGACCGACCGACGAUUAACCAGGUUAUGUCGCACAUAUUUUUCUGGUCUUCACAAAAGAAGUGGACGUAUGUUCUAACAUGUUCUGGUUACGGUAUAAUGAAUACAAAUCCAUUGGAUGUUGAAACCCUGCACUCGUCUUUGGAUAAAAUCGCAGAGAAAGAAAAUAUCAGCGGAAAUUGUUGGGUGACGACAGUAAAGAAACAAUAUCCGGAAAUAAGUUUGGCAGACGCAUCUGAUACUCCCUCUGGCUUACUGCGGUUUAUUAAAGACGUCGUCGAAAAUAAGCUGGCAAGUGCCACGUCUGAGAAAGAUCUAUGUUUGAAAGAUUUUAUUUUGAAUACGUUUCCGCAUUUUGUUUUGGCUUUGUACAGAAUGAUUGAGAACUCUGAAUGGUCGGAUCAUAAGGUAUUUAUGCCUUUUCAUAACAGCAUCGAUUAAAAAAUUGCAAAUGGUACUUACAAGAAAUCAAAUUUAAAAAGUUCAAGAUAUUUUAUUCUACGUGUAUUAAUUUUUAACACUUAACAAAUUUUUGAUAUACA